UUGGCGUCCCCUUAAUCCCCCUCCCCCCCCCCCCGUAGAGCAGUCCCCCUCGCCCCCGCCUUCUCCGCCGCUAACGGUUUCGCGUAGAUCGCGGAGGCGUCGUAAGGGCAGGCUCGUCGGAGCCGGGCCCGGCCAGGGGGAGGCGAUGUCAGGCGGGGACUCGGGAGCCGCCGCGGCCUCCCCUCAGCCGCUCCCCUUCUCCCUGCCCAAGCCCCCUCCCCUCAUGCAGCUCAACCCAGGCGAAGGUGUGCGGCCCGUGGGGGCUGCCGGCGCGGAACAGUCGCCGAAGAGCGCCCGCCUGGGAGGCCGCCCGGAUUGGCCGGCCGGAAAGCCCGUCAGUCUCCUGGCCCCGCUUCUCCCGCCCCGGGGGGAGCCCGAGCCCCUCUUGCCCUUCGGGCCCUCCUCUCGCCAGCCGCUCAGGGGGAGGAUGCUAGGCAGGUGCGGCGGCGGGGGCAGCCUCCUCAAUCCUUCCAUGCGACCGGGUGGAGGAGGAGGCGGCGGCGGCGGCGGCGGUGGCGGCGGCGGCAUGGGCCGAGAGUCCCUCAUGAUGGGACACCCAGGCAUGCCUCACUACCCACCCAUGGGAAUGCAUCCUAUGGGCCAAAGGCCACCCAAUAUGCCUCCAGUAUCUCAUGGAAUGAUGCCUCAAAUGAUGCCUCCAAUGGGAGGACCACAAAUGGGGCAGAUGCCUGGAAUGAUGCAAUCGGUGAUGCCCGGAAUGAUGACACCCCACAUGCCACAUGCCCCCAUGCAGCCUACAGGACCGCCAGGAGUGAACAGUAUGGAUUCUCAAGUUGGCUUAGCACCCCCUGGAACUCAGCCCACACCUCCCGUAGUUUGCUCUGUGCAGCAACCCACCCCAACCAACAGUUCUGUUAAUGAAGAACCUUCCAAUCAGAAAUCCAUGUGGUCAGAACAUAAAUCACCGGAUGGAAGAACAUACUACUAUAAUACUGAGACAAAACAGUCUACGUGGGAGAAGCCAGAUGAUCUCAAAACACCUGCUGAGCAAUUGUUGUCAAAAUGUCCUUGGAAAGAAUACAAAUCAGAUUCUGGAAAACCUUACUACUACAAUUCCCAAACAAAAGAGUCACGCUGGGCAAAACCCAAAGAACUUGAAGAUCUUGAAGCAAUGAUUAAAGCAGAGGAAAACAGUGGCAAACAAGAAGAAUCAGUUCCAGCGUCAUCUGCUACAGUUCCUGCAACAGGGGUUUCAAAUGCUGCUGCCACUGUUCCUGAAACUCCUGCACCGUCUGCCCCUGCUGCUCCUGCUGUUGCAUCAGCUCCUGAAGCUGAGCCCUCUGCUCUUGCUCCUGUUGUAGAAAAUGAAAGUACUGUCACUGCUACAACUGAAGAGCAGGUACAGCCAGUUGCUCCUGUUGUGCAGGAGCAGACUGCAGACGUUGUCACUAACUCUGUAGAAGAAGCUCCUAAACAGGAAUCCUCAGACGUUGCUCCCAAAAAAGAGGAAGAAGAUGCCCAGCCAGUUAAAAAAACCUAUACAUGGAAUACGAAAGAAGAAGCUAAGCAAGCAUUUAAAGAACUGUUGAAAGAAAAGCGUGUACCAUCCAAUGCCUCUUGGGAGCAGGCUAUGAAAAUGAUCAUUAAUGAUCCAAGAUACAGUGCUUUGGCAAAGCUAAGUGAGAAAAAACAAGCAUUUAAUGCUUACAAAGUCCACACAGAGAAAGAAGAAAAAGAAGAGGCAAGAUUAAAAUACAAAGAAGCGAAAGAAUCUUUUCAGCGUUUCCUUGAAAACCAUGAAAAGAUGACAUCUACAACUAGAUACAAAAAAGCUGAACAAAUGUUUGGCGAGAUGGAGGUCUGGAAUGCUAUAUCUGAACGUGAUCGUCUUGAAAUCUAUGAAGAUGUUCUGUUCUUCCUAUCAAAAAAAGAAAAAGAACAAGCCAAGCAGUUAAGGAAGAGGAACUGGGAGGCCUUAAAAAACAUCUUGGACAACAUGGCAAAUGUUACUUACUCUACCACUUGGUCAGAGGCCCAACAGUAUUUGAUGGACAACCCUACAUUUGCAGAAGAUGAGGAACUUCAGAAUAUGGAUAAAGAGGAUGCAUUGAUUUGCUUUGAAGAGCAUAUAAGGGCUUUGGAAAAAGAGGAAGAAGAAGAAAAGCAAAAGAGCUUACUCAGGGAAAGGCGAAGGCAGCGUAAAAACCGAGAAUCUUUCCAGAUAUUUUUGGAUGAGCUGCAUGAACAUGGCCAAUUACAUUCAAUGUCAUCAUGGAUGGAGUUAUAUCCAACCAUAAGUUCUGAUAUCAGAUUUACUAACAUGCUUGGUCAGCCUGGUUCAACAGCACUUGAUCUCUUUAAGUUUUAUGUUGAAGAUCUAAAAGCACACUACCAUGAUGAAAAGAAGAUAAUAAAAGACAUCCUAAAGGAUAAAGGAUUUGUAGUUGAAGUGAAUACUACUUUUGAAGACUUUGUCACAGUCAUCAGUUCCACCAAAAGAGCUACCACGUUAGAUGCUGGAAAUAUAAAACUGGCUUUCAAUAGUCUGUUGGAAAAGGCAGAGGCCCGUGAGCGUGAGCGAGAGAAAGAAGAAGCUCGCAAAAUGAAACGGAAAGAGUCUGCUUUUAAGAGCAUGCUCAAACAAGCAACACCUCCAAUUGAACUGGAUGCUGUGUGGGAGGAUAUCAGAGAGAGAUUUGUGAAAGAACCAGCAUUUGAAGACAUCACCCUAGAAUCAGAAAGAAAAAGAAUAUUUAAAGAUUUCAUUUAUUUGCUAGAGCAUGAAUGUCAGCAUCACCAUUCAAAGAACAAGAAGCAUUCAAAAAAAUCUAAAAAACAUCACAGAAAGAGGUCUCGCUCUCGUUCGGGCUCAGAAUCCGAGGAUGAUGACAGCCAUUCAAAGAAAAAAAGGCAGCGCUCAGACUCCCGUUCAGUUUCUGAACGUUCUUCCAGUGCAGAAUCUGAGAGAAGCUACAAGAAAUCAAAGAGACACAAAAAGAAGAGCAAAAAGAGGAGACACAAGUCUGAUUCCCCAGAAUCUGAUAUGGAUCGAGAAAAAGAGAAAAAAGAGAGAGAAAAUGAAAAAGAAAGAAGUAGACAGCGAUCUGAAUCUAAACAUAAAUCACCUCCCAAAAAGCGGCCUGGUAAAGAUUCUGCUAAUUGGGAUACCUCUGGUAGUGAAUUAAGUGAAGGUGAACUAGAAAAACAAAGGAGGACCCUCUUGGAACAACUGGAUGAAGAUCAAUAAGAAAUAUUUAUACCAAAUAUGUUUACAAUGUGAUUUAAUAAAAAAUAGAUGACUAAUUCAGGAAGCGGAUUCCAAUGUUCUGAGUUCCAUUGGCGCAGCAAUGGCUUUUCAGUUCUACUGCAUAGCUAAAUAUCUCAAAUAAUAUCAUUUUGUGCCUGACAGCAAAAUGGCAAAAACAAUGAACAUUCAGACUUUGAGCUGAAGUUCUGUUUUUGAUAAGCUAGGCAGCCUGUAUAUACCCCUGCACCUUGACAUUCUUCAGAGAGCACAUUAGGAUGAAUGGAAGAUUUUCUUUUCUUUUCUUUUCUUUUUGCCCUUUCAGUAGUGGCUUGGAAAGUUCCAGAGCUUUUCAGGCCUCUCAUAUCUAAACAGAACUCUUGUUGGAAAGACCCAACUUGUUUUCCUUAUCUGAUAAAAGUGGGUGGCGGGUGGGAGGAACACAUGUUGUUCUCUUUGGAAAUAUGCUCUAAUUUCUAUUUUUGUGACUCCACUUUUUCUUUUUCGUGUGUUUUUUACUUCUGCAAAUGGAGGGGAAAGAAUUGGAGAGAGGGAAAUAUUUUUCUUGAUUUAUGUUAGUCCAGAAACUAGCAUUGGGAUUUUUGUGCAUUACCUUGCUGGCCAAACUGAUGUUUUUGGUGAUUUGUAUUGAAUUUUGACUUUAGGUUGAAACACACGAGGUUUCAUCCUGAAGUGAAUUUUUAGUGUCAAGUUUUAAAACUGUGAAAGAUAGGCGAUUGAUUGAAAUCCUAAUAGGGCCCUGAUUAUUAAGGCGCUUAAGAAAUGCUGAUGUAAUAUAGCUACUUUUUUUAAAAUUAGAGGAGAACACCUGGUAUAUGUGGGUUGUUUUUGUUUUUUAAAAAGGCAGAGGGCAUUAUUUCAGCAUCAAUCCAAUGUUAAAACAAAAUCGCAAAAUCAGACUGUAAAUUAAUUGCAAUAUGUUGCCUUAAGGACUUUCCGAAGAAUGUACCACCAAAUUUUGAAAAGCAGUUGCAAUACUCUUGUCUAGAAAAUCAAUGUUGGACGUAAUACUUUUUCUUUUGAAAGAGCUGUUGACUUGAUGUUGAUGUUGACCUGGUCUCUUUUAUUCUGUUCUUUUCCAUUGUACUAAAUAGCCUCCAACCAGCCUUGAUUUGAUAAGUACUAUCUGCCCUAUAUGAUGAGGAGUAUUGACUACUGUGGUACAGAUUCUAAAACAUUUCUGAUUUGAAUAUUUUUGUACAUUUUUAUCACUUAUUAAACCUUGUCUUCUAGCGCGUA